AUGAUUGAAGACCAGCGUCUCUGCAAUGAAUCAGCAGAGCUGCAGCGACAAACUGUGACCUCUUAUGCAUUAAGUGUUGUUGUCGUUACUUUGUCACUUCUGAUAAUAUGUGGCAAUCUUCUUGUAAUCAUCUCUGUGAUUUACUUCAAACAGCUCCACACUCCAACAAACUACCUUGUCCUCUCUCUGGCUGUGACUGACCUGCUUGUUGGAGCUUUAGUUUUGCCUUUCAGCACAAUAUUGUCUAUGAGCUCCUGCUGGUAUUCAAGUUACUUACUCUGUAAAAUGCGAGGUCUGUUUGAUAUAUUGCUAUGUACAUCUUCCAUUUUAAAUUUGUGCUGUAUAUCAAUUGACAGGUAUUGUGCAGUGUGUCAUCCUCUAACGUAUAGAACUAAAAUCAAUGUUUUUGUUACUCUGGCCAUGAUCCUGGUGAGCUGGACUCUUUCAGCUCUUCUUUCAAUUGUAAUCACUGUUCGUGGGAAUGAUGAAGAAAAUCUUAGCUGGAGAUGCAAGGUAUUCGUAGCCACAAAAGAAUCCAUCCCUGGACCAAUUCUUACAUUUUAUAUACCAACUGUUAUAAUUUCAACAAUCUAUCUUAAGAUUUUGUUGGUGGCCAAAAGGCAGGCAAGAAACAUCCAGAAGACGAUAAAAUCUGAAGCUGCUCUGGAGAAUAAGGCCAACAUAACUCUGGCUAUAGUGCUGGGAGUCUUCCUUGUGUGUUGGACCCCUUACUUUUUAUCUUUGGGUUUAUACCAUAUGAGAAAAUUCACAAUACCAGAUAUAGCAAUCGAAGCAUUUAAAUGGCUUGGAUGGUCAAAUUCUGUGUUAAAUCCAUUGGUUUAUGCUUUCUUCUACAGGUGGUUCAGACAGGCUUUUAAAAUGAUACUUUCUGGUAAAAUAUUUCAAGGAGAUUUUUCCCACACAAAGUUAUUGUGA